UGCAGGGAGUCCUCUUCCUCGGACCUUCGUCAAAUUGAAAGUGGCAGGAGGCCGCCGCAGGACUUCAUCCAAAAGGUAUCCUGCGAUUGCUUUCAGGGAAAAGAUUCCCUCUGGGAAGGGCGACUGGGGCACUGUGCGAGCAGCGACACCCUCCCUCGCUCUCCUCCUCAUCGAACAUUCCGUGCAUGAGCAAUCUUCUUGAAGAAUGGAAGUAGCAGGCGUGAUCGGCAGGUCAAGUUCUGCGUUUGGGUUGGUCCGGAGGAGCUUGUCCUUUUCGCUGCCUGGGAAGCAGUUUGUAAAUGAGGCCCUGCCGAUCUUUGGCUCCACGCAGCCGAUUGCUGUGUCAGCUGUCUCCAGAGGCUCCAAUAGCGGUGGUGUUCGACAGACUCUGAACGCGCUAGCAAUGGAUGGUGCAGUUGACACAAUCGUCAUGCAAAGUCCUCGAACCUCUUUCACAAGUCCUCUUGAAAGGGCCCCAACUCUAGCUGCAAAUCCAAGUCAGAAAAUCGUGGAGACCUUUCUUCUGCGGCCCGGUAGCUUUGCCUGGCCGCAGAUAGAAACGGAAGAAGCAGAAAAGAGGGGCCGGUUCGGAGCAGAGUCCAUCUCCAUCCUGAGUCCCUCGAGAACCAGCUACUGGGGGAGGGUAGAAACUGGUCAGGGUCGCUCUCGCGUCACUAUCGUGGGUCAUAGAGGCUCCGGAAAGAACAAAAGCAAGCGGCUGGCCUGGGUGGGGGGAGUAGAGGGGCUGCCUGACAUCCGAGAGAACACAAUUAGAUCAUUUGCUCUAGCUGGCAACCACGGCGCAGACUUCAUUGAGUUUGAUGUCCAAGUCUCAAAAGAUAGUCACGCUGUCAUUUUCCAUGAUGACUACAUCCACACGUCGGAAGAAGAGUCUAGAAGGAUAGGGGAUCUGACAAUAGAUGAGUUCAGGAGGAUUGGGCCGCAAGAGGGGGCAGGUUUCAGCGGUCGGCCGCUGCUCCGGCGAGCUGGUGAUGGGAUCCUGGAGCCAUGGGAGUGUGCAAUGGAGGGGCCCCUUUGUACGCUGAAGGAGGCUUUUCAGAAUGUCGCAGAGACCGUGGGCUUUAACAUUGAGGUAAAAUUCUUGGACUCAGAGGAGUCCCUUGAAGAGAUCGCGCGGGUUGUGACGGCCACUCUGGCAGAUGUCAAGGCAAAUGCGGGCCAUCGCCGCAUCAUCUUCUCCACCUUCCAUCCAGACGCCGCAAUUCUACUCCGCCGCCUGCAAAGCACUUAUCCUGUGUUUUUCCUGACUGACGGGGGCUCGGAUCUCUACCAAGAUCCUCGGCGAAACUCGCUCGCUGCAGCUAUUGACCUCUGCACGUCAAAUCAACUCCAGGGGAUUGUAUCGGAGGUGACCGCCAUUCUUAGACAACCGGAAAUGAUCAGGGUCAUCAAAAACCAAGGCCUGGGCCUGUACACCUACGGGGAGGAGAACAAUCUGCCGGAGGCUGUCUUCUUCCAGCAAUUCCAGGGGGUUGACGGUGUGAUUGUAGACAACGUCAGGCCGGUGGCCAAUCUCGCGAGAUCCUUCUCCGUUUUAUCUGCACCGGUGUCAUCAAUCCCAAAGCCGCAACUGGAGCAAUCUCCGGUUGUGGCUGCACUGAACGAAGUCGUGAGAAACGCUGUGGCUAUCCGAGCCGCGUGAUAGGACUCGAGGCAGUUGGAUAACUCGACACACUUUUGAUUAGAUUCUAACACACGGACGCAGUGAAGUUGUACCAUUUGACCGAGAACCAGGUAACAAGCAAAUAUACGUGGAUAAACAUGAGGUAGACAGCGGGAACCUUGAGCCAUACAGUCAAACAUGUAAAACAGUUAUACUAUUCAUUCAUUCUUUGGAAGCAAACAGCUAGAGGACGUACAGCCGGAUUAGCAAUUGUUUCGAACGAAAAUCUAUCACGCAGGAGACGUGUCCGUUUAUGAAUUUCAGUAUUGACCUUGGACGAACGCACCUGUAAAUCACCGCUGAGCACGCGACUAUUCACAAAGGUGAAAUGAGGCACGGUGCAGCC